ACGAAAAGUGUGUGUGAUCAGCUUAAUUAAAAAGAAGCUGUUGGCCAGAACGCAGACGGCAAUCUUCAAUCGCUAUUAAGAGAAUCAGAGUCACGAAGUUUUAUACUGCCGAGUUAAUUCACUUCUUCGUAUCUACGAAGUAGAAAAAUGUCGGACGACAAGGAAAAGGACGAAGAAAAACCUGUAGUGCCAAAAACAGCUGUGGAUCUGCAAAGAUUGAAACUAAUGAAAUUAAUGAAGAACGUUGAUAAACCGGUUAUACUACCGGAACGUCCAAAGGCCAAGAAUACUCCUUCUGUACCAGAAUUUGUUCGUAAUGUUAUGGGUAGCAGUGCUGGAGCAGGUAGUGGAGAGUUUCACGUGUACAGACAUCUGCGACGUAAGGAGUAUGCGCGGCAAAAAUUUAUUCAGGAGAAGGCACAUAAGGAACUUUUAGAUGACGAAUACCAUCAGAAGUUGGAAGAGAAUAGAAGAUUGGCAGAGGAGGCAACAGCAAAGAAACGUGCUAAGAGAUUGAGGAAGAAGCAGGGACGUAAGCAGAAGAAAUUUAUGAAAGCUAAUAAUAAGGAAGACAAUGCUAUCACGGACAAAAAGUAUAGUGAGGACGACAGUUCAGAUGAGAAUGAAGAAACUAAAACUAUAGAAAAUAGUAAAGUAACUAAAGAAAAUGACAGUUGUCCUAAAAACGUGUCUAUGAAUGAAAGUGAAGUAAUGUCAGUGACAGAAAAGGAAUCGUCAUUAUCUGUGAGAGAAAAUCAAGAAGAUACGUUAAAAACACAAUCUGAGGUAUUAAGCAAAAAUAUUCAAUGUGAAGAUGGCACUUGACCUGUAUAUUAAUGCUCCAGUAUCUCUUAAAUUUUAGAUUGAUCUAGUUUCCACUCAAUGUGAAGUACACUCAAAGUCUAUGGAGAUUGAUUGCACUCAUUUCAUUUCUGCUUUGAUCCACAAAGUCCAAAUCUAAUGAAGAAAUAUUACUUUAAAUUUGAUUUGCAUUAUAGUGGAACCGAACUGAAGAUUUCAGUGGAAACUAGAACAUUGAUAGAUUUUUUGAAGCAAUGUAUCAGUUAC